CUCCGCGGGGAAGCGCCGGGGCUGCUCCCAAGGCUCAGUUCGCGGGACGGCGAAGAGGCAGCCCCGGCGAGCGGCCGUGCACACCGUCUGGAGUGGCCAGGGUGCAGGAGUGCAGCGUUCUCCUGGCCCCGAGCGGGGCGUCGCGCCGCAGGAGCAGCCCCUCGGCCAGCAGUUGCCGCCACCCAGACUUUCGUUCCAGUUGCGGCUCCUCCCGGGCAACAUGUCAAAAGCCGCCGCCGCUACAGCUGCCGCCGCCACCUGGGGGAGAGCAGCAGCAGCAGCAGCGGCGGCCGCGGGCGCGCGGGGCCAAUAAACCGAACCACCCGGGCGUCCAGCCGGCCAGGGAACUCUCUCCGCGCGCAUCCUCCGGCGGGACCCGCGCCAUGUGCUGAGCCAUGCCCCUCGCCGCGCCCGCGGGCAGCGCAUGGGGCAGCGCCUGAGCGGCGGCCGAUCCUGCCUCGAUGUCCCCGGCAGGCUCCUGCCGCAGCCGCCGCCGCCCCCGCCACCGGUGAGGAGGAAGCUCGCGCUGCUCUUCGCCAUGCUCUGCAUCUGGCUCUACAUGCUCCUGUACUCGUGCGCCGGCUCGUGCGCCGCCGCGCCCGGGCUGCUGCUGCUGGGCUCGGGGUCCCGCGCCGCCCACGCCCCGCCAGUCCUGGCCACAGGUCCGGACGGGACUCCCCUCAGGCUGCCGUUCCAAGCGGCACCGGCCACCCCGUUGGCUGCGGGCAAGGAGACGGACGAGGGCGCCGCGAGCCAGGAGGAGCCGAGUCCCGAGGCGCUGGACUCCCCCAGCUCCAUCUCCAGCUUUUUUAGUGGGUCCGGGAGCAAGCAGCUGCCGCAGGCCAUCAUCAUCGGCGUGAAGAAGGGCGGCACGCGGGCGCUGCUGGAGUUCCUGCGCGUGCACCCCGACGUGCGCGCCGUGGGCGCCGAGCCCCACUUCUUCGACCGCAGCUACGACAAGGGCCUCGCCUGGUACCGGGACCUGAUGCCGAGAACCCUGGACGGGCAGAUCACCAUGGAGAAGACGCCCAGCUACUUCGUGACCCGGGAAGCGCCCGCGCGCAUCUCGGCCAUGUCCAGGGACACCAAGCUCAUCGUGGUGGUGCGGGACCCGGUGACCAGAGCCAUCUCGGACUACACGCAGACGCUCUCCAAGCGGCCCGACAUCCCCACCUUCGAGAGCCUGACGUUCAGAAACAGAACCGCGGGCCUCGUGGACACGUCGUGGAGCGCCAUCCAGAUCGGCAUCUACGCCAAGCACCUGGAGCGCUGGCUGCGCCACUUCCCGCUCGGCCAGAUGCUCUUCGUGAGCGGCGAGCGGCUCAUCAGCGACCCGGCCGGCGAGCUGGGCCGCGUGCAGGACUUCCUGGGCCUCAAGAGGAUCAUCACGGACAAGCACUUCUACUUCAACAAGACCAAGGGCUUCCCCUGCCUGAAGAAGGCCGAGGGCAGCAGCAGACCCCACUGCCUGGGCAAGACCAAGGGCCGGACCCACCCCGAGAUCGACCGCGAGGUGGUGCAGCGGCUGCGCGACUUCUACCGGCCCUUCAACUUGAAGUUCUACCAGAUGACUGGGCACGACUUUGGCUGGGAUUGAAGGGACGCG